AAAGCGAAAAAUGGUUAAGAAUAUACUUUACUUCCUUUUCCUCUAUUUUCUCGUCUCCGUUUCAACAGUUCUUUCCUUCUGAUCACUUCCAUCCUAAAUUCUCUCCUUUCUCCAAUCUUUAAACAUCCCUUCUCACUUCAUUUUUCCAAACGUUUUUCUUUACCUCUUUCUUUUAUUUCCCAAACUAAUUUUUCUUCUUAUGGACCCUGUAACCGCAACUUGUCUUUUAUUCACUCUAACGGCUGGCCUUCUUAUUUUCUACAUCGUUUCUAAUCUUGUUUCCAUAGCAACCACCGACAAAAACACAACAGCAAAACAUCAUGAUCAGAAACCACCGGUUGGUCCGGUUCUUCAGCGCUUGGCGGUUCAGUCACCUCAAACCAAGAGCCGAGUUGGUUUUGUUAAACCGGUUCAACUAACAAUUACAUCAACGACAACAACUAGUUUAGAAACCGAAGACGCUAUCGUGAAUUCCGAUUCCGAAGUUGAUGUCGAAUUGCCACCGACAAAGUCAAACAUUGACAAAACUGUUGCUAAGGUUAAAUCCGAUUCCGACGUUGUUGAAUAUUUGCAGGAAACCGUCGUGAAAAGUGGCGAUUCUACUGAAGAGAAGAGCAUUGAGUAUGUGGAAGAAACCACCGGAGAAAGUUCCGGUGAGAAGUUAGUUUCUGUUGUGGUGAACGAAGGAGAGGAAAAUGAUGAUGAAGAUUGGGAAUGGGAAGGGAUUGAGAGGAGUGAGGUGGAAAAGACGUUUAUGGAGGCUGUGGAAUUUGUUGCUGAGAAAGGGUAUAUUGGUAAAUGCGAUGAUGAUUUGGAGAUGGAGUUGUAUGGACUUGAGAGAGUUGUUAUUGAAGGACCUUGCCGUGAGCCUCAACCAAUGCCGCUUAAACUCUCCGCACGUGCUAAAUGGAAUGCUUGGCAAAAGCUGGGGAACAUGAGUCCAGAGGUUGCGAUGGAGCAAUACAUCAGCCUUCUUUCCGAUAAAUUUCCUGGAUGGAUGAAAAAUACUUCUACCGGAAUGAGUGAAGGUGAACCAUCACGAUCAGAAGUUUCAGAGUCUGCUGCUCCUGAUUCGAGCUCAGCUUUGUCUCAUCAACAAGCAAUCUUAGCAGAAAGGAAACUUGUUCGAGAAUCUAAGUCUGGUGCCCAGGAGCUUAUCCCAUAUGCAGAGUCAGAUUCCGAGAACAAUUUUCAGGUUAAAAACUGAUGGCAUACCUCUGCAUAUAUUCCGCGCCACCGGACAUUUUCUUACAUUCAUUUCAGCUAUAAGAAGACUGAUUCCAAGAUUAUAAGUUCUUUUUCGAAUUAUGUGAUAUUCUUGAGCUGUUUCUUUUCUCAUUUGUUGCUUAAAAUAAGUGUUGACUGUUGACGUAUUAUUCGAUACCGAACCGUUUAAAUGUUGAUAGAUAUUUUCUGUGUAUAAAUAAAUGCUUGUAAAUAUGAUCUUAUGCACGAUUGAAGGUUAAUAGUUCUGAUUUGUUAAAACAAAUUUACAAUUCAUAUCUUACUCUUGUGGUAGCUUUAAAUGUGAUUCAAUGAAGCUCAAUUCAAAGUGCUUAA